GAAAAGAGUAGAAUUUUGGCCAAUAGGCUGAAUAGACAUUUCUUGGGAAUUUAAGUGGGACAGAAUUGAAGAUAGCAAGAUCCAGGCACAAGGUAAAGAAUCGCUCGCCUGAAGUUGCUCCUUAAUUCAACAAAGAAUCCAUCUUUUUACACGCGCAUAAGCUUGCUCUUAAAUCCAUGCCUUUUUAUUUACCCCAACCAUUCAAAUUCUUCAGCAAACUACUCUCUGAAGAUGGACAGUUCAAACAGGCAAGAUCUCAUUCAAAGUUGUGAGGGUAGCGAAGAUUAUUAUUAUCCUAGAGAUGAUUACCCUGAUGAGUCUCAUUACCUGUAUCUAAUCAAUGCAAUCCUAAGCGGCACUGCUAGGCUCAAUGUUCUCUUGCCAACUGCUACGAUCCUUGCUUUCACCAUUUUCGCUCCUCUGCUGACCAAUGAUGGCGAAUGUGGUCCUUUGAACCGCUGGCUGAUGGGUGUUUUCUGGGGUCUUCUGGCGGCCUCCUGUAUCUUUUUUACAUUCACAGAUAGCUUUCGAACAUCGACCGGUAGGUUGUCAUAUGGGAUGGCAACAUUCAGAGGGAUAUGGACCUUCAACGGAGGCAGGAAGAGACCGAGUGUGCCAUCAGAUUAUAGGCUGAGGAAAGUGAUCAACAUUGUUCCUCUCGCAAUUGGGUUCGUGAUCAGUGUUCUGUUCGUGUUGUUUCCUUCCAAGAGAAGAGGAAUUGGGUACCCCUUCUUGCUGCUAAGAGAUAGAUGCUGAACUUUUGUUUUCCUGGCAUACAAACGCAUAGAUAAUGCUUACACCUUUGAGUUAUUUCCUUUAGUUCAGUGAAUCCAACUGUGCCAUAUUUACAAGAUUGUUUAGAAACCCGGAUACUGAUUUCCUAAUAUGGAAUCUGAAUUUUACUCUUGUUUGCUAUAACCAUUGAGAACUAGAUGCAAAAUUGCCAGAA